CCCUGACAUGCCCGCGCUCACAUAUAAAUAUGAGGCUGUUAGAGCUCAGUACUCACUUCUGAUCAAGACAGGUCUACUUCAAGUGGAUAACUCAAAGACGAAGAGAAGCUUCUCUGGAUCAAAACUCAAACCAAUCGGACUAUCCUUCUUGUGCAUUUUUCCUCUCACGGAUCAUAGAAACAAGCAAGAGUCUGCAAACAUGCCAGUGUCAAGGAUGAGGAUGAGGCCAUGGCUGGAGCAGCAGAUCGAGUCACAGUCUGUCUCCGGUCUGACUUGGUUGGACAAGGAUAAGACAAUGUUCUCCAUCCCCUGGAAGCAUGCCGCUCGACACGGCUGGGAGCUGGACAAAGACGCAUGUCUGUUCAAGCAGUGGGCCAUCCACACAGGGAAAUACGUGGAAGGUCAGGCCUGUGACCCAAAGACAUGGAAAGCCAACUUCCGCUGUGCCAUGAACUCGCUGCCCGACAUCGAGGAGGUGAAAGAUAGGAGCGUCAACAAAGGACACAAAGCUGUGCGUGUCUUCAGGAUGCUGCCUGCCAGCCCAAAAUGUAGAGACAAACGAAGCAAAUCAAAGGAAACAAAGCUGAGGAAGAAGGGCCCGAUGAUCAAGGUGGAGGAAGACGAAGACUGCAGCGACACUCACUCUCCCAUGCCUGAGUCAACGCAGGAAGACACCUCGUCCACUCAGGAGAACACAGUCGACAGCACAGUGCACACCGAGCAGCAAGACUUCACAUACGUGGCUCCAUCUGAGGUUCCUGACUGGUCUUUGUCAAUUGAAAUCGGCCCGAGUAGCUUUCCAAGCAACUUCUGCCAGAGAUUUGAAGUUUCACCUGAGCACAGCGACGAUUUCGACUACACCGACGACAUUAUCCAGAUUUGCCAGCAACUGGAGAGAGACUCAAACUGGAGUUUAGACGGCAAGGGGUUCCUGAGCAAUGAAGCAUGCACCAGUCCAGGGAGCCAGUGGAGUGAAUCUUCCUCAGUCGACGAGCUAGAGGAACUGCCACAGUACACGACUUUGGGCACAGACUUCUCAAACCCCACAGACGACUUGUGGAACAGCUUUUGUCAACAGAUGCCAAUGCUUUGAGAUCUUCAGGACAGGAAAGGGCAGGAUGGUGCUUUGAUACUUUGGACUUUUGAAAAGCUCAUCCUGCCCGCCAUACUCCCACCUACCCAUCAUCAUCAUCAUCAUCAUCCUUCCAGGCGGUGAUGGGCGGUGUCAACACUUUAAGCUACAACGCCACCCCUCCCCCCCAACGUGUGCCGCGUGUUUGACGCUCGGUAGCAGUUCAUAGAGCUUUCCUGUGUGAAGUUAUGAAGAGAAGUUAGGAAGUGCCCUGUUGUGCUACUCAUAAGCUGUUCAUUGUCUAUGUCAUUGGCUGGUUCAAGGCAUUUUGAUGCUCAGUUUAUUUGUGACGAUGUUGUAAUAGCACAGGAAUUGUUUUUGUUCAGGCAGGACAGGAUCAUACUCAACAUAUGCGCUCAACAUUUGACAGGUAGUUAAUGUACAGUACAGUAAUUCACAUAAUAGCAGUUUUUCCGUUAUGUGCACAAGCCCAUUUUAGUUGAGUUUCUAGUAACUUCUGGUGAAAGCUCUACUUCAAAAAUUGUUUGCUUAAAGCAGUUGUUUAAAACUAUGUGUGUAUAUAGUUGUUCUUGUUUGUGUGUGUUUUUUAUAAAAUAAAAAAAAUCUAAAUGUGAA